CUAAUGCUCAAACCUUCUCCAUUUGAGGAGAGGCUUCUGCUUAGCAGUGGGAACUUAUAGAAUGAUAAAAUUAAGGGUGUUUGUUCAAAUUACUCGUUACGUUUUAAUCAAUCGAAUAAAUAAGUCUAUAUCAUCUAUUAAAAAAAAUUAAUCGUAAAUAAAUUUAAACAUAUAUAUUAUUAAAAAAUACCACUUAACAUAGAAAAUAACUUCUACAUCAUCAACCUGUCGCAUUUUCUUUGCUGGACAUUGCCUUUACAACAAAGUAUAAUAUUUUUUAAUAAAAUGUUUAGGUAAAAAGGAUUCACAAUGGCGGACGCGGCUGCAGCCAUAUCCACGAUCCAGUCGAUGCAGAUUGCACUGCAACUGUUGCAGACUAUUACACCAACUGCCUGGCAGUAUCCGCAUCAAUGUGCCAUACAAGACGGAGACUCUUUUGACUUUAUCGUUGUGGGCGGUGGAUCGGCAGGAUCAGUUGUAGCCAGCAGACUCUCAGAAAACGAAGAUGUUAAUGUACUAUUAAUUGAAGCAGGAGGAUAUGCACCACUUGAGUCUGAUUAUCCUGCUUGGUUCACGUUACUGGCGCGGUCGGUUUACGACUAUAACAUAACGUCUACAGAUGAUGGCAAAACAGCGCAAAAUCUUCAAGGAAAGGUCGUCACCCUCAACCAAGGUAAGAUGCUGGGAGGCAGCAGCUCACUCCACCACAUGAUGCACACGAACGGUGAUCCUGAAGACUACAACGAAUGGGCAAGGAUGUUAAAUGAUAACAAAUGGUCCUUCAAAUACGCCCAAAAAUAUUUAAAGAAAAUGGAAACACUUAUUGAUCAGGAUCUUCUUGAACCAGAAGAUAUUCAGUGGCACGGCACAGAUGGACCUUUAAAAGUCGCUAAAGAUACACGCAAGACCAAUGAAAAAUACUUAAAAGCUUUCGAAGAACUUGGACACAAGAUUGUAUCUGAUAUAAACGCAGUCAGCCCAGCUGUCGGGUACACUGAGAACUUAUUUGAAAUUGCUGAUGGAUUCCGGCAAUGCAGUGCAUUAGGCUAUUUGGGCAGAGCCAAAAAACGCUCCAAUCUAUGCCUGGCUUUAUCCACUUCCAUCACAAAGAUCCUUAUUGAAGAUCAAAAAGCUGUAGGAGUACAAGCGACAACAGCUGACGGUGAGACGUAUAAAGUGUAUGCGGAAAAAGAAGUCAUUGUAUCAGCUGGUGCAAUCAACAGCCCCAAAUUACUAAUGUUGUCUGGAAUCGGACCAAAAGAGCAUCUUGAAUCCUUUGGCAUCGACGUUGUUGCUGACUUGCCAGUUGGACAAAAUUUACAAGACCAUGCCUGCGCAGCAAUAGUUGUUAAAACGGAUAAAUGUGAUGAUACCACGCCAGCUGCUAAUCCACACCAAUUCCCAGCACCAUCUUUCAAUGGUUAUGUCUCACUAGACAAUUCAACUGCAACUGCUGAUUACGACACGAUUAACUUAGAAUUCUCAUGUGGUUCAAGCGACAUUUUACAAUUAAGUGUCAAUAUGUUCAGUUACUCUUACGAUGUCUCUCAGACUAUAUUUGAAGCCACGAAAGACAGGAAGGUUAUUUUUACUUUAUUAGGUCUGGUAAUGCCAAAAUCUCGUGGACAAGUUUUCUUAGCGAGCACAGACCCUACAGUGAAUCCCCAAGUAUACACAGGCAUGUUUAGCAAUGAAGAUGAUAUCGAUUUGAUUGCUAGAGCAUUUAUGGAUCAUAUAAGAGUUCUGAAUACCACAUAUUUCAAGAGCGUUGGUGCAAGUUUGGUUGAUAUGGGAGUGUGCAAGGAUGCACAAACUGAGUAUGAGUUCUGGAGAUGUUAUGCUGUAGCUAUGUCUGCCACUAUGUGGCACUACGCUGGUACUUGCGCUAUGGGGAAUGUACUGGACAGUGAUUUGAAUGUUUUAGGAGUAGAUUCUUUGCGUGUAGUGGAUGCAUCUUCCAUGCCUACUCUUAUCAGAGGCAAAUUGUAUGCGGGAGUCAUGAUGCUAGCUGAGUAUGGGGCUGAUAUCAUCCGCAAUGACUGGGGUAUUUAAAUUAUUAUUGAUGACGAUACUUAUUUUGAGAGAUAUUUUUGUCAUCAAAUUCAAACACUUGGCCGGUCCUACUUUUUAUGUUAUUUGAGCCAAUAUCUACUGUUAGAUAACCAUUAAUAAAGUAUUGUUGAUGUAAAUUAUGUGUGUUGAGUUUUUCUGUAAUUUCUAAUUUCUAAUAAAAGAAGUCUAUUUGAUAACAUUUACUAACUUUGUGUAUUUAUAUUUUU